ACGAACGAAUAUCCAUAGUAGAGAGCUAUCGGCUAGAAUUGUAUUGUCUUCGUCUCACAUUCUCAACAGUUUGCGCAAUGAAUUCGGAUAAGUUGCGGUAUAAACGAAUACGAUUUUUAUACAAUAAAUAAAAAAAAUAUAAUUUUAAAUGAUAUAAAAAAAUAUAUCUAUAUAAAAAAAGUGAACGAAUGAUCAAAAUCAGAGGAAAUACAUAAUAAAAAAAAAACUAGUAAUACACCGAACACAAAAAAACCAAUCAAUCAUCAAUUAAAUAAAAAAAAAAAAAUCUUCAACACAUAAACAAUAACUUUUUUUGUUGAAAACAGCGAAAAUGUUGAAAGUUUUACAAAUUUGUCAGUUGUUUGCAAUUUUGAAUUUGUUUUUUAAUUAUGGAUUAACGUCUGGAAAAUUCGCCAAUGAGAAUGACGACGAUUAUUUAUCACAAAAAGAGCACGUUCUUGAAAAGUCAUAUCACGGUUUAAUAAGAGAAAAUGAAACUAUAGUCGAAAUUACGCCACUUAUUAAAGUUGACGAAGAAAAAAUUUGUGAUUUUCGUAUACUGAAGAAGCCAUAUCAUGAGAUACCAUUUCAAAUCGAACUGGUUAACAACCUUGGUAUCUUAAAAGCUCGUCGAACACUUAAUUGUGAAAAGCGAAAGAGCUAUCAUUUUGAAAUUGUUGCCAUAUUCUGUGAUAGUACACAUUCAGCAAGUGCAACGGUUCAUAUAUCUGUGAUUGAUAUUAAUGAAUAUGCACCAACUUUUCUUCAGCCAUCUUAUGUAACCGAAGUAGACGAAGGUCGUCUAUAUAAGGAAAUAAUUCGUGUGGAAGCAACAGACAAAGAUUGCACACCAUUAUUUGGUGAUGUUUGCAAAUAUGAAAUACUUAAUAACGAUCAGCCAUUUACAAUCGAUAAUGAGGGUUCAAUUAAAAAUACCGAUCCAUUGUCGCAUAAAGUAUCGCACAAUCAUAUAUUAUCAGUGGUGGCAUACGACUGUGCCAUGAAGGAGUCAGCACCGAUAAUGGUUAGCAUUAAAGUGCGUAGGGUGUGUGAAGCCCGUUUAGUUGGAAUACCGGAGCGUAUUGAUUAUACGGCCAGUUCCAUAGAAUCCCUUUCGUUAUUUCCAAAUGCACGUUUUGAGUUGUGCGAUAUGUAUUGUAAUGGUGAGGGCAUGGGAAUCCGAACGUCGAUUGCUUUAAAGACGAAGCAUAUAUCUUUUGGCUGUGAUCGUGAUAUAACAAACUGUACACCAGGCUAUUCGCUAAUUGAUUUGCUUCCUCGAGGAACCGAAUGGACAAAAGAUCUAAGCUAUGACGAGGGCUUUGAACCGGUUUUCCAUUUUGAUGGUUCGUCAGGGGUUGUUGUACCGGAUAACUUGGUACAGCGACAUGAUUUUGCUUCCCGUCCAUUUAGUAUUGUGACGAUAUUCAGGCAUUUCAGUCUGCCGACAUCAAAUAAACAUGCCAAAGAACACAUUGUUUGUAGUGCCGAUGAUCACAAAAUGAAUCGCCAUCAUAUGGCCCUGUUUGUUCGAAAUUGCAGAUUAAUUUUACUUUUACGUAAGAACUUCAACGAAGGCGAUUUGAAUAUAUUCAGCCCAGCUGAGUGGCGCUGGAAGAUACCACAAGUGUGUGACAACGAAUGGCAUCACUAUGUGCUGAAUGUCGAUCAAUCUAAAGUUGAACUUUACAUUGAUGGCUCCAAAUUCGAAAAUUCAGUAGAAGAUCGACACAGUAAUCCUGAAGUAAUUGAUGAUUGGCCACUACAUGCUGCACAUGGUGUUAAUACAACUUUAACUGUUGGUGCAUGUUAUCAAAGCUCUGAAAAUCGCCUCAAACAUGGAUUUACUGGUGACAUAUCCGAAAUAAAAUUGUCAUUGAAUAGUGUCCUUUCAAGUGAAGAUGUCAAGUGCGGUACCAAUUGUGCGGAACAUCUUGUACCACCUCCAGAAAAAAUACUUGAAACCGAUCAGCAAGUACAAUCGAAUGCUCAGCUUAAUGAAAUUUAUAUUGAAGGCAGCAACAAAGAGAAUAUCGAAAGCCUUUUGCAAAAAAUUCAAUACAUUAACACAAAACAGAAUCCAACUAUUGGUCGCAGAAACAUCGAAGUGCGAACAACAAUGAUGUGCAUCAAUCAAAGUGCAGUUCGUUUGCCCACUGUUGAGACUUAUAUUAUGGUUAAUGAACCGAAUUCUAUGGUUGCUGCUGCUGCCUCAACCAAAGAUUUUUCGGAGCUUCAAAAAAUUGGCAGCACUAGUAGUAGUGGAAGCGGAGCAACUGGAACCUCAUCUGGAGGUUCAUCAUCGAGUACUGAAGAUCAUGAAAAGUCUUUGCCAGAUGAGGACAAAGCAAAGAUUGUCAUCACUGGUAACUCCAAUCAUUUGGUAUCUUAUCCAGAAAUCAAGCAAGGCGUUCGAAUUUUGGGCAACAUAAAUAUAAGCAUUAUGACUGGAGGACAAAUUCUCCACAAUCUCCAAAGUUUGGAUUCCUGUAGUGUAAUCGUAUUCCCAAGUUUGAAUCCUGAUCAUGAGGAGAUUGAAGUCGAUGGCGAUGAAUCACUAUCAUCGACUUUGGACAUCAAAACUAAUAUUAACAAGGAUGGCGUUGAAAUGAUUGGCUAUGAUACUACAUCGAAUUAUUUAGAUGUGCUUAAAGCUCUAGUUUAUAGCAAUAAAAAGCCAGCAUAUUAUUUGAAUAGGGUCUUUAAGCUAUCUUGCUCACAAUUAAAUUCUCAAUUUAAGAGCGCUGAGUACACACUUACACUCACCGUACUACAUCCGAAGCAAAGUAUUACAACAACGACGGCGGCGCCAAAUAAUCUUGCAAUGCAACCACUUCAACAGCAAUAUGAUACAAAUAUGUUCGCACAUGCAAUGAUACAUUCGCACGAUGUCCAAGAGCCCAAAUCUCGAGUGCAUGCCAUUACACACCACACUGCAAACUCUCAUCCAACUAUGCUAAUAAUACUGAUAUGCGUGUUCUUUGUCAUCCUUCUUUGUGGGGUAUCAAUCGCGCGCAUGAGAAACAGCAAUCAUAAAUAUAUUGAUAGACACCAGCCUUGUCCUAAGAUUGCAGACGAAAGUUUAGUCUGGGAUGAUUCAGCCCUCACAAUCACUAUCAAUCCCAUGCAAAAUGAUGUUGUUUCUGAAGAUAGUUCUGAUUCGGAAAAUUCCGAUUCAGAAGAUGAAGAAGUUGUUAAUGGUAAAUAUCAAAACGUCAGCCAACUGGAGUGGGACAAUUCAACAAUGUAAAUAAACUAAACAAAAAUAUAAACAAAAACAAACUUAAUAAAUGUAUUAGAGAAAUACAUAUAAGAUAUAAAAAAGAAAGGCAAACAGCAAAAAACAUAUAUACAUUUUUAAGCAAAACUAAAAACAAAAAAAAAAAAAAAACAGCAACAA